AAGAUCAUUUUUUUAACUAUCACUAUUAACUUUCGUGGACACUAAUAUUGACAUUUUAAUAAGUAAAAAAUAUCCCAAUUUAAAACAAAAGCGAGUUCUGUCCCUGUUUGAAAGUACGCGGCAAUAAUAAUAAUAGUAUAUACGGGCUAGCUACUAGCAUAGGCAGAGACGAAGACCCGAAACAGUGGCAGUACGGUAGUGAAUCUCACUCACUCCAAGGCCAAAUAAAGAAGAAAAGAAGACGGAGACCCGACUUUUGCUAUGUUUACAUUUUUUUCGCUGAUGCAGAAUUAAACUCGAACCGGUGUCCUUGAAAGUAAAUCCCGACUUUUAAAUUGUCAACAUUUUAUAACUUUCAAAUUUUGUUGUUUGGCGAAGACACGUGUUGCAUCUUAUUUUUUUAUUACUUUCAAUUCAAAAACAAAAAAUAUAAUGGGUCUUAUAACAGUACCUGGACUUCCACCUUUUCAUUUUUUAAAGAGCUGGCCUCUUACAAAAAUUGAAUUGUUCAUGAAGCAUUUCAUGAACAUCACUGUAUGCAAAAAUGUUUCAGAAUUAAAAAAUCACAUACUACCUCAGUGUGUAUGGGUAGAGAUGGAAAAAGUUAUGGAUGAAGAUGCUGAUAUUUUGAAAGAAAUGUGGAGAUCUCAAUUGCACAUGCAGUUUUUCUGCCCUGAUCCUAUUCGUUCAAAUGAUCUUAGAAUUAAAUUAAUCAGAUUCAUGUACGAUAACAAAAUUUUUGAUCCCAAAGGCAAAUGGUCAAAAAUUGCAGCAUACUUUGAUGGUUACACAACUCUUAAGUUAGGUGAAAUAUAUAGAUCGCUAAUGAAAAUAGCUAAGAAAAAUUGUUCCACAGCUGAAGAAAGCCUAGAAUAUUUAUAUACAGUGUAUAUUCCAACGAUCAAGAAUAGUCCUUAUAACCGAAUGUUGCCCAGACUUAGGUUUCAAGAAGGAAAAGUUGAAUAUGUAGAGGAAGAUUUGAUUGAAAUGAGUGCAUACGAAAUAGAGUCUGACGUUGAAGAAGAAUGACAAAUUUGCAAGACAUUUUGGGAGAUGAAUGUUUAAUACUUUGUUAAAAUUAAAGUUUUUUUACAAAAUAUUUAUGUAGUUAUUACAAAUUCAAAUGCAGUAAUAUUUUUUAUAA